CGGGAGAAGGUGCCGGGAGGGGCGCCCAGCGCAGGGCGGGCCGGGGUUUCGCGCGGGGCUUUCUCCGGCCGGCGGCCGGCGCUGGUGUCCCGGGAAUCCCUUGGCCGGGCCCGGCGUCCCGCUGGUCCCGUGGGCUGCUGCGGGUGGGCAGGGGCCGGCGGCGGCCGCGCGAGCCGGAGUUUCCCGGUUAUCCGCAGGAGUCGGCGCCGGGCUCUGGGCUCGGCAGCGGCGGGGAGCGUCCUUCUCCGGAGAGCCCCGAGCCCAGGAAAAACAAAAUGAAGGAACUAGUGUCAAACAGUACAACCAGUAUUUCUCAAGCCAGGAAAGCUGUGGAGCAAUUAAAAAUGGAAGCAUACAUGGAUAGAAUAAAGGUAUCCAAGGCUGCAGCAGAUUUAUUGGCAUAUUGUGAUGCACACAUUGGAGAAGAUCCCCUUAUUAUUCCUGUACCUGCAUCUGAAAAUCCCUUUAGGGAGAAGAAACUCUUUUGUACUAUCCUUUGAGUCAGUUUUCAAUUAAAAAUGUCAUCUGCUAAAACUUGGUAUCAGUGUUGCAUGCUUUUAACAUUUUUUUCUUCAGAUGUCAACACUUACCCCAUACCUACAAUAUUUUUGGAAGGUAGUGCAAUUUUGGCUAAAAAAAACCCCUAAAAUUAAAAAAAAAAUUAAGAAAAGAAAAAAUUCAAGGUAAUGCUUAUCUUUCAGAGCAAUGUACAAGUUUGAUUUCAGUACUUCAUAAAUAUUCUUUUGGUCUUAGUAAAAAUACCAAGUACAGUAUCAAAUUGUAGAUAUCUUUGCCAGUAAUAGAUUUUUCUGGGAUCCAAAUGAGUCAUAUCAAUUCUUGAAGCUAUUUUUAACAUUCUUAUUUUCCUUGGAAGGUGAAUUCAAUUCAAUUGCCUUUACAAAAUCUCUAUCUAAAGAGAGUAGCAUGACCUUUUCCUCAAGUAGCACUAUUUAGGAAAAAGUCCCAGUAAUUUACAUUGUUUAGAGUGAUUGGUCUUAUAAAGUAAGUGGUGUCUAUAAAUAUGUUUUCUGAAGACUGUAAAAAACUUGACUACAAAAACAAUCCUAGUAAAUUGCCAUUGUAGCUACGAGCAGAAUGAAGAUGUAAAGUCACACAUCAGGAUUGCAUCAAUAAAAACGUAGAAAAAU